AUGGCUGAAAUGCACACUCCGUAUGCUUCCUUGAAGAAGCUGUUAUCUUUCCUCAAUGGCAUCACGGCUAUGUCUGGUGUGGUCCUCAUUGGCCUGGGCAUCUAUGUCAUGUUCAGAGGGGCUGCCCUGACGAGGGUCCUCGGGCUGUGCUCUGCAUACCUGCAUCACGUCAGCUACCUGUGUCUGGUGAUGGGCUGCAUCACGGUCCUGCUCGGCUUUGCUGGGUGGUACGGGGCCACCAAAGAAAGCAGAGGCACUCUCCUGUUCUGUUUCUCGUUCAUGGUUAUCAUCCUCCUCGUGGAAAUCACGGCCGCCACAGUGGUCCUGGCCUUCUUACCGAUUGUUCAAGAGGUGGCCUUGGAGCACACCUUCGUGACCCUGAGGAAGAAUUAUAGAGGUUUCAACGAGCCGGACGACUAUUCCAUGGAGUGGAACUUGGUCAUGGAACAGCUGAAGUGCUGUGGAGUGAAGAACCACACGGAUUUUUCCGGCUCCUCCUUUGAAAUGACGACCGGCCACACUUACCCCAGGAGUUGCUGUAAGUCCAUCGGGACGGUGGCCUGCGAUGGGCGCAAUGCGUCUACAGACAUCGUCCACCGGGAGGGCUGUUUCCCUAAGCUCCUGAAAAUAACCAAGACUCAGAGCUUCAACCUGAGUGGGGGCUCGCUGGGGGCAGCAGUGAUCCAGCUGCCAGGAAUUCUUGCCACCUUGCUGCUGUUCGUCAAGCUGGGCUGACAGACCCAGGGAGGACAGAACACCAGGACCCACCUGGCUGCUGGAGAAGCGGUCUCAUUUUUAUUCCUCUGUGGCACUCACUGCUUCUGGAAGGGAGAUUGAUAAUAAAAGAUUCUGGGAACCUCUGUCA